UAAAGUUUUGUUUGAUGCUAUCACAACACAGAGUAGACCAGCUAAGGGAACGAUCUAUGUGCAAUUUUACUCAAAUGCAGUUCAUGACACUAAAAAUUCAUAAAAAUUAUUAAGCAUGAUGGAAAGUGGUGGUGGUAUUUUACCUCUUGCAGCAGUGUCUUCUUUACCUGGAAGUCCACUGUUAAAGACUCCAGCCAAGCACAGUCCAAUGGUGACAGCAUCAUCGGCUGGUACACCCAAGUUCAAAACUCCUGCCAGAUCACUGAGGACACCAGUAUCACAGAGGUUCAGGAGUGCUACAUCUGCUCGUAAAGCUGGUGUAUAUGGAUCAUCUGGAGACAGUGGUAGCAUUGCCAUGAAUCCAUUUGAGUCAGUCCUUCUGGACAGACUUCAUCAGUCCACAUUCAGCCCAGGAGUCUUUGAGAAAAAGUUUACGCCAGAAAGUGAAAAGGAGCCUAAACCAUUCAGAUGGUCCAUAGAUCAGUUGGCAAUCCUCCACCCAGCAGACAUAGAGGAGCUGCCACUCCAGCAGGAUACCAUGUCCACUUUUCAUGAUCCUGAGUUGGAGGACACAGCACAGAAGGCCAUAGAUACUUUCUUCUCCACCAACAUCCUGGUUCCCUCUCCCUGGCAGGACAGCAGUAGUAAACAGGCCAGCAAGAACAAUGCUGUGCUGGAUACUUCUGGAGCCUUUAAUGUUGCUGAAGAGGAGAAAUCUGGGCGUGGUUCUUCACUAUAUGAAGGGAAAAAACGAGAUGCUGGAUGCCAGACCACACUUACUCUUCCUGUUGACUUUGACCUGCAGAAGAUCCUGGGAGAAUUUUACACUCACCUUGAUGAGGGAACUGGUGACUCCCUGAGUAACUCCUCACUGAGAAGAAAGUUAUUUUUUCAUGGUCAUAGAGAGGAGCAAGAGGCAAUCAGUCCUGUCAAGUCUGGCAGAGAAGCAGUUGGGGAGAUGCAGUGUGAUACCUCGCUGUCAGUUUCUCCUGUCAAGACACAGACGCCUAACUCUAAACUUGCCAGUGCUCACGUAUCAGCUCAGUUUUCCUCUAGUCCUAUCAUAGUGAGUAAGAAGUGUGUUGGCAGUGCAGAGGCCAGGUUUGGCAGGUGCUCCAUUGGAUUAGAUCAUUUGUCUUCUCCUGAAUUAUCUCCAAUUAGUGGUCAAAACAAUAGAAAGGCUGCUGAUUCAGGCACUCCCUCGGUGUUCCCUUUGCAAGCCACCCCAUCCACUGGCAAGCAAAGUCUCCCGCCAGAGAGUCCUGGGAUAUCCCCCAUACAACUGGAGAAGACACGAGUUCUGGUGGGGUCUGGCAAGAUAAGUCCUGUGCAAGCUUUGAAUUUCAGUGGUUUGGAUGAUUGUGGAGAUGAUGAUAAAGAAAACAACAGCUCAUCACUGGGAGCCAAUUCCAGUUGUAGGAAAGAACACUUGGAUAAGGAUCGAAGAGUCUCACUAGAUAUGGAUGUAGACAUGACAGACAUUAAUGGCAAAGAACACUUAGACAAUACAUACCUCUAUGCCGAGAGUGGUAAUCCUAUCAAAUUCCGUCCUAAACUGAUGUCCACUAUCAGAGAGCAGUCAGUGGACAUGGACUGCACCAGCAUCAACUGCAACAAAUCGUUCAACGCCGAGACAGGAUUUCAGAACGGUCUGUUGCCACCAAUGCAUUCAACUCAGCUUGAAACCAACUCCUCGCAACAGACCCAUUCUGCCACUCAGGACACCGGCUAUCAGACCUGUAGCAAUAAUAGAACUAGUGACAAUGCUACACAGCCUGGGCUGUCAGGAGCAUCUUCCAAGAGUCAACUCACCAAGGCUCUGGAUUGUAACAUUCCUGAUGGGUAUUCUGUGGCCAAACAUCACACAGAACAAAUCACAAAGGCCACUGGGUUAUUAGCUUUCAGUUCACAUCUGGAUAAGUUUGCUGACAGUGAGAACGUUUGCCGAGGCUCGGACAAGAAGGGUGCGCUGUCUCUUGAUGACUGUGGUAGACAUGAACUGUCACUGUCUACAUCAAACUCCUGCACCUGUGCACACCUGGCCCACACUGAUGACCUUGUUGUCUUGAGAGCAAAGCAGGCACUGGGCCAAGUUGUAGACGGACAAUUUCUAGAUGUGUCUGAAAGCCACUCGUCUCUGCUACAGACCAACACACACUCUGUGGACACAAACACUACUGUGAGUUGGAACAGUCUAGGGAGAGCACCCUUAACUAAUGUGACACCUAGAAUAAUGAAUCACACUGGAGUUCCUCUGUUUCCAUGGCAUCCAUUGAUAGCAUCCACACCAUGUAAAAUGCACGGAUAUGGGGAUUCCUGGCUAGUCCAACAGAAGGCCAUGUACAGCAGCACCAGCUCUCAUCCAUUAAGUGAAGUGGCAAUGAAAGUUUUGAAGAAAGCAGGAGAAGACUACAAUAAAUUCUGCACAGAUUCAUGUACAUAGCAUCAGGAAUCAGGACUGGUUAUGAUGAAUAUACCAAAGAAAUCCCCUUUUAUAUUAGGAAUUCUGUUGCUCAUCGUGUGUGCUAAUUAUUUUAGAUAGCUGUGUUAAUAAGGAACUAUUGCUGACCUUUGUGCUCUAUAUGAUUCAAUCGGCAUUAUUUAAAUUCUGAACAUUGACAGUGAUUAAUAGAUAUCAAUUGAAAAACCUGGGUACAUUUUAGAUUUACACUCAGGUAAACAACAAUCAUUAUGUUUCUUAGCUAUUCCUUAACUCUUGAUUGUUCUACAUGAUGAACUAUUAUUGGGAAUAUUUAUUACCAGUGUCAUUCACAUCUCAAAAUUUUGGAUAUGCUGGAAGUGUAUAAUACAACAAUAAAAACUCUGACAGUACUGAUUUUUUGGAAACGUGAUUCUCAGGGCCUCUGUGUGUGUGUGUGUGUGUUUAUUCUCCCCUUUUAUUGAAGGAAUGAGGGCACAAUCUGUUGUUUUGGUAGGCAAAAUGAAAUUCUUCCUUGUGAGACAGUUUUGGUUGCUCACUAGUAG